ACAGUACGAUGCGCGUGCUUACGAGAACCGCAAGCACAUCAGACAUGUAGCUUUACACAACGAACGAAGGAAAACUGUUCCAUUAAUUCGCGCCAAAACAGUGACCCUUUAAUUAGUGACUUAACGAUGAAAUACAGAUAUUCGUGUUAGAUAAUACAAUAUAUGUGACAGUGCAUUUCUAAAGUGAAUUAUCACACAGGAUUUUCCCGUCUAGACAUUUUUCCGGUAAAUACACAAUGAAACUUCACGCCCUCAAAAGUAAUCGGUCAUGGUGGGCAUCAUUGCUCUUAGCAGCGGCGCUAAAAUACGCUCAAGCACAAUGUCCUUGGAAAGAUACGCCAAUAUUACAAUCAGCCUGUGUCUGUGCCCUCAACUUAGCACGGGACUUAUCUGUACAAUGUGACCAGGUCGACUUCGCAAUGCUAUUGACAGCGCUAAAUUCAAACGCGCGCAAAAUUUCAAUAGACUUACUCUACAUCAACAAUUCAAGCAUCCCCGUACUCGGUGAUGACAUGUUUGCAAACCUCAAAAUUCACAACUUGCAGAUAUCUGGUUGCAAAAUGAAAAGAAUAGAAGACGAUGCAUUUAGAGGGCAAGGUCCAUAUUUAAAAAACCUCAACUUACAGGACAAUGAAUUAGCUGAAUUACCAGUUAAGACUCUAAGAAUUUUAACGAAUUUAUCUCUGCUUGAUCUAUCGAAAAACAGGAUAACGCGUGUUGGAAACCACGCGUUCAUUACCCUCCAAAAAUUAACAACAUUAAAAUUAUCUGAUAACAAUGUAACUUUAGAACCACAAGCAUUAACAGGUUUGGAAAAUUCCUUGAAAAAUCUGAAUUUGAAGGGUACAAGGCAGAAGGUUGUCCCAGAAUGCAUAAAAGGCCUACGUAGUCUAGCGUUCCUCGACUUAUCUCAAAACAGUAUCAGAGAAUUACCAGGACCUGAUGGCAGUCGCACUUUCGAAGGAUUAAGUUCUUUGACAGCACUUAAUUUAGAGAGAAAUUUAUUAGUAAAUUUAAAAGAAGACGCUUUUACCGGUAUUAAAAAUACAUUAAGUUCAUUGAGCUUGCUAAAUAAUUUAUUACCAGAAUUCCCAACGGCUGCCAUUGGAACUUUAACCGAACUAAGAGUGUUGGAUAUUGGAUUUAAUUUGUUAAACAAACUACCUUACGAUGCUUUUCUUAAGAAUCCUUCAAUAACUUUGUUAGCAUUAGACGGAAACCCUUUACCUACCGUUCCAGAGAAAGCUUUAGCUCAUUUAAACCACACAUUACGAGGUCUUAGUGUAGGAGGAAGGUUUUUAAACUGUGAUUGUCGUCUCCGUUGGAUAAUAGAAUGGAUACGUAGCGGUGAGUUACAAGUUACCUCUCGUGAAAGAAAUCCUCAAUUUUGUGGACAUCCAGCGCGCUUUCGGGAUCGUGGCUUUUACAGUUUUGAACCAAAUGAACUUGUUUGCGAGCAAGAAUCCACAACGCCGCUGGUUACGCCAAACUUAACAACAAUGAGCCCCGCUCUUUCUUCCACAACAGCGAAAGAAGACAUCAAUAUUAAAACAAGUCCAACGACAACUUCAACAACUAGCGUCCGAACCACUGUUCCGACGCUAGUUGCACGCAGUUCGACAACGACAGUGCCUUCUAGCUCAGGUCCUAGUGAAGACACUACAGCUAAAGUAGCAACCACACAAACAACAGUAACAAGCAGCGAACGACCAAAUCGCAUAUCCUCCAUAAAACCAGCCGCACCUACUUGGCGGCAUCCUUCUAAUCAACGACCUCCACUAGUUAUGAACUUUCCCCAACAGAAGCCAAAAAUAGACGAUUCGAACGAAGUCAUUGUCAAAAAUGCAUACAGACAAGACAAUUCUGUAAUAAUACAAUGGGAUUCAGAUGUCGCUAAUAUACUCGGUUUCCGUGUAGUAUAUAGACUAUUUGGAGACAAAAGCUUCAAGCAGGGACCACCAUUAGAAGCCAGCGAGAGAGAAUUCAAAAUUAAAAAUGUUCCAUCUCAGGAGUGUAUCGUUGUCUGUGUAAUCUCGUUGGAAGAAGUGCAUGUGAGUCCCGAGACAGUACCAUACUCGCAGUGUCGAGAAGUACGCACAGUAUCGGCGGCCGCAUCCAACAUGGAUAAAAUAACAAUAGCUGCAAGUGCAGCUAUCUGCGGUACUAUCGUGGUUGCAGUCCUAAUCUUUGCGGUGGCAUCGCGACGCCGAUCACGGGCCGUGCGGCUACAUAGUCACACUCCAGAGAAGAUGCCUAGCACCUGCUGUGGCGGUCUUCCUGGAACGCCGAGUCCCAGCGGGCCACUAUCUUCAUUGACAACGCUCGGCGCAUUUGGAAAGCAGCGUGAGUGGGAUCAAGUGUCAGCUUAUAGUGCACGUUCGAUCCCCCGCGCACGUACCUAUACAGAACCGGCUGCUCCGGAUCCCUUACCAGGCCGACCAGGCCGUACUCGUUCCCUUGCAGACGGUCAAUCCCAACAUAGUCACUCACAUUCCAAUCGCUAUGGUGCGCCGGGAUAUCCAGGCAGUUUGUUAGGAUCGAGAGCCGAUCUUCGCCAAUCACGCCAAUCGUUAGGCGCAACUUCGGAACGAGCGUCUCGAUUGUCACUUAGCGGUGCAGCCGGUGGAGCGACCGGUGGUACUGCUGGCUCUAGGAGAAGACCGCGGUCGCGUUCGCGACCAGCUAGCCGAUAUAGCGUCGGCUCUAUAGGAUUAGGCUAUUGCGACACUUCCGACAACUGGACGGAUCACGAUAUGGAUAUAUACAUGGCGCGAAACCCAACAGCAAGAGGCGGUCUGGUGCCGUUAUAGCGCGAAAAGGACACGGGCACGGUAUGGAGAGAAGAGACGCAGCGCGGACGCUGCUCAACGCUGCUGAAGGGCACCUCAACUUGCACCUCGUGGUGCACGCAUGAAGGCCGCAUCAGUAAUCGCCCACGCCGUCGCUCAAACCGUCAUGGCCGUGCGAAACGCAAAAACUUCAUUGAACAGACUUGGGAAAGAUAUGAUAGUAACAUAAACACGGGAUUUCGUUGAGUUUAUUUACUCACUUAAAUAUUGGUAAUAAAAUAUCAAAACAUUGCACGUCAACAAAGAUAGUUUGAAUUUGAAACUAAAUAGUGUUGCAAUUAGUACUCUUUAAAUAUGUGAUGGCUACUAAGAGUUAAGUAAGUUAUACCAUAAAAAUAUACAAAUCCACUCGAACUUAAAACUGUGUAAAGUUUACAAGUUGGAUUAUAAGUAUGAGAGAAUGACCAAAUGUACAUUUUCAUUAUUGAAAGUUUCUACUUUCGAAAUGUAAAAUAACAUGAUUAAAGUAGAAGAAGCAUGUACUAUUUUAUGUAUUCCUAAAUAUAACUUUACAAAUAACUAUACAUUACAUGUGUAAUGUAUAUUGUAUAUAACUAUGACCAUUCAAAAUCGAGGUAAAGGUAUAUAAAAUAAAUAUAAAUAAUUAUGUCGUAUAAUAAUAUUUACGCCAAGGCAAACAUUAUGUUUAGAAAGUGAAACAUACUGCUAGUCACAAUAAAUUUCCAUUCACUGCACUACACAAAAUAUAAUUUAUAUUAAUAAAUAAUUUAUGAAGAAAAGAAAAUGUACAUAUUAUUAUAAUAUGAAACAAGCAUAAAUUUUUACUGAUUUUCACUGAGUUAAAACAGGUCACAUUUUUUGGUUUAUGUUAUGCUAUUUAAUAUUUUUAAUAUUUAUGAUACAUUAAUUUUAAGUAUUCGAGUUUUUAAAUUAAAGUUAUGGACGGUAGAAGUAAGGAAGACUCUGCAUGUAUAGAAAGUGUCUAUGAAGACGACUAAAUUUAAGAUGGCAUUACGGUAGUAAAAUUUCCAAAAAUAGGGCACAAUCAAUCGGACAAACAAAUAAAUAAACAUCUACAAUAAUCUUUAUUCUUUCUUUUUACUUUUGCGACUACUUGUGCAACUUUUGACUGUAUCAAUAAAUCACAUCAGUCACGAGCAAGCUAUAUUUCCCUUUGACAUAUUUCACUUCAUUGUUAAUCACCAAGUUCAGACCUGACCCAGAUUGAUUACUAUAUAGUGCCAUUCUGGGUACCCUCAAUGAACUACUUGAAUGUUAUCUUUUGAUAGACACUCUUCUCCUCGUCCUCUUACAUAUUAUACCCUUCAUAAUUAAAGUUGUAAAUAAUAUGUAUAUUAAAGGUAUGUUGAAAAAUAAAGAAUAGUUAAAAUGAUCGUAAUAUUCAUCAUUUUAAAAUUUACGCUAAAUUACUAUUAGCCUUGCUUGAAUAAACUAAGUAUAUGAUUGUACAUAUGUUAAUGACAAAUUGGCAAAUGAUUU